AUGGCGAAGGUGGAGCAGGUCCUGAGCCUCGAGCCGCAGCACGAGCUCAAAUUCCGAGGUCCCUUCACCGAUGUCGUCACCACCAACCUAAAGCUUGGCAACCCGACAGACCGAAAUGUGUGUUUUAAAGUGAAGACCACGGCCCCCCGUAGGUACUGCGUGAGGCCCAACAGUGGGAUCAUUGAUGCGGGGGCGUCCAUUAAUGUGUCAGUGAUGUUGCAGCCUUUCGAUUAUGACCCCAAUGAGAAAAGUAAGCACAAGUUUAUGGUUCAGUCUAUGUUUGCGCCAACUGACACUUCCGAUAUGGAGGCAGUAUGGAAGGAGGCAAAACCGGAAGACCUUAUGGAUUCAAAACUUAGAUGUGUGUUUGAAUUGCCAGCAGAAAAUGAUAAACCACAUGAUGUAGAAAUAAAUAAAAUUAUACCCACAACUGCAUCAAAGACAGAGACCCCAGCAGUGUCUAAAUCUCUGAGCUCUUCCUUGGAUGACACUGAGGUCAAGAAGGUGAUGGAAGAGUGUAAACGGCUGCAAGGAGAAGUCCAGCGGCUGCGGGAGGAGAACAGACACUUCAAGGAGGAAGAUGGCCUUCGGAUGAGGAAGACCGCCCAGAGUAACAGCCCUGUGUCUGCACUCGCCGCGGCGGGGAGGGAGGAGGGCCUCAGCACCCGGCUCCUCGCGCUCGUGGUCUUGUUCUUCAUCGUGGGCGUCAUUAUCGGGAAGAUUGCCUUGUAG